UCAAGUUUGGACUAGAGGUAUUUUUAUAUAUAUUGAUUUUAUAAAAUGGCGGAGGGAAAGUCACGACGUAUUGCUGCUGCACAAAAUGAAGAUUUAUCAAAUGUUGAAUUCGAAACUAGUGAAGAUGUCGAGGUUAUUCCGACCUUCGACAACAUGGGCCUUAGAGAUGAGUUGCUUCGAGGAAUUUACGCUUACGGUUUUGAAAAGCCCUCGGCUAUUCAACAGCGCUCGAUCAAACCAAUAAUGAAAGGUAGAGAUGUUAUUGCCCAAGCUCAAUCUGGUACCGGAAAAACGGCAACAUUUUCAAUUGCAAUUUUACAAUCUCUCGAUACUCAAUUACGUGAAACACAGGUUCUCGUACUUUCACCUACAAGAGAACUUGCCACUCAGAUUCAAAAAGUUAUUCUAGCUCUGGGAGAUUUCAUGAAUGUUCAAUGUCAUGCAUGUAUUGGUGGUACAAAUUUAGGUGAAGAUAUCAGAAAACUUGACUAUGGACAGCAUGUUGUUUCUGGAACACCUGGAAGAGUAUUCGAUAUGAUCAAAAGAAGAGUCUUACGUACUAGGGCAAUCAAGAUGUUGGUUCUUGAUGAAUCUGAUGAGAUGUUGAAUAAAGGUUUUAAAGAACAAAUUUAUGAUGUUUAUCGUUACCUUCCACCAGCAACCCAGGUAGUACUGGUAUCGGCUACAUUACCUCAUGAAAUUCUAGAAAUGACUAGUAAAUUUAUGACUGAUCCCAUUAGAAUUCUUGUUAAACGUGAUGAGCUGACACUUGAAGGUAUAAAGCAAUUUUUUGUUGCUGUUGAACGUGAAGAAUGGAAGUUUGAUACUCUCUGUGAUUUAUAUGAUACAUUAACAAUUACACAAGCAGUUAUAUUUUGUAAUACAAAACGAAAAGUUGAUUGGUUAACAGAAAAAAUGAGAGAAGCUAAUUUUACUGUAUGUUCAAUGCAUGGAGAUAUGCCACAAAAAGAGAGAGAUAAUAUAAUGAAGGAGUUUAGAUCUGGACAAAGUCGUGUGUUGAUAACUACAGAUGUCUGGGCUAGAGGAAUAGAUGUACAGCAAGUGUCUCUUGUUAUUAAUUAUGAUUUACCAAAUAAUCGUGAGUUAUACAUUCAUAGAAUAGGUCGUUCUGGACGUUUUGGAAGAAAAGGUGUUUCUAUUAACUUUGUAAAAAAUGACGAUAUUAGGAUUCUUCGAGAUAUUGAACAAUAUUAUUCUACUCAAAUAGACGAAAUGCCUAUGAAUGUAGCCGAUUUAAUAUAAUAUCUAUAUUAUAACUAAUGUAUUAAGUUGUG